AUGCAGGUGGCCAAUGUGGAGCUGUACUACAAAGCCUUGCAGUUCUACUUAGACUACAAACCUCUGCUGAUCAAUGAUCUCCUGCUUGUGUUAUCUCCACGACUGGAUCACACCAGGACAGUCAAUUUUUUCUCAAAGGUUAAUCAGCUACUGCUAGUAAAGCCUUAUCUGCGUUCAGUCCAGAACCACAACAACAAGGGAGUUAAUGAAGCUCUAAACAACCUUUUAACAGAGGAGGAGGAUUUCCAGGGUUUGAGAGCUUCCAUCGAUGCCUAUGACAACUUUGAUAACAUAACGUUGGCUCAGCGCUUGGAAAAGCACGAACUAAUUGAAUUUAGGCGUAUUGCAGCCUACUUGUACAAGGGUAACAACCGCUGGAAACAGAGUGUGGAGCUGUGCAAGAAGGACCGUCUGUAUAAGGAUGCUAUGCAGUAUGCUGCAGAGUCCAAAGAUGCAGAGCUGGCUGAGAAGCUGCUCCAGUGGUUCUUGGAAGAAGGCAAGCAGGAGUGCUUUGCAGCCUGCCUUUUCACAUGCUAUGACUUGCUGCACCCAGAUGUAGUCCUUGAGUUGGCAUGGAGACAUAACAUCAUGGACUUUGCAAUGCCUUAUUUCAUCCAAGUGAUGAGAGAGUACCUUACCAAAGUGGAUAAACUUGAUGCUUCUGAAAGCCUAAGAAAAGAAGAGGAACAAGUAACUGAACCCACUCCAAUAGUAUUUGGCCAGCAGUUGAUGUUAACAGCAGGCCCCAGUGCAGUACCUCCCCAGGCAAACUUCCCAUAUGGAUACACAGCACCAGGAUUCACCCAGCCACCUGGUUAUGGUUUCAAUAUGUAACCAGCUCUCUGACAGACCUUCACUGUCUCUGUUCUCUUCCUUCCCGUCCCUUUGUAACUUCUCCAAGAAGUGUACAAUGGUCCUAAAGGCACAGAUGACCUUCUAGUGGCUGAACACACUUGCUGCCUGGCUCAGUGAGGAGACUUCAGCAGGGUGCCUGUUACUGUUAUUUAUUGAUUAUUGUCCGGUUACAUUUCAACCUCUGAAAGGCAGCUUUUGUUAAUGACAUUGUGAGACUCUUGCCUGAAGUUAAGGCACUAUUUCACUAACUCAUAUAGCAAUAACUGCUUGAGGCCAGGGGGAAGAGAGCAUAUUUUUCUUUCUUUUGCAAAGCCCAUUGAAGGCAGCUGGGAAAUUGCCUGGCACCAAGUUGUUAAAGCUUUAGCUGAAGCUACUGAAGUAGCAGGGCUGUUAACAAUUCAGUGAAGCAUCUCGUUAAUACAGAAUUGUUGAAAGCUUGUCUACAUCUGACUACCCCAUUUUAUUUGCAUUCUGAUGUGCAAAAAAAAUGGGCUUUUCUAAUAUUUGUGCUCUGAAUGUUUAGAGGAAUAUUGGGAAAGUUUCCUUUUCUGGACA